AUGGUGAACUCCGAAUUUACAGUUCUAGAAAAGUACAAACAAGCUCACCGAGACUGCACAUUCCCGUCUUUCCUGUGGACUUCUUCGUUGACGGUCGUAUCAUACCCGUUCUUUUUAAGAUUAUACAGCUUUCAUUUCGAGUGCUCGCAAGACUCAGACCUUCGCAGUAAACGUUUACCACUUCGUCGAGACAUUUUGCGCAAAACACCAUGUCACGUUGGUUGUCGUCCGUCGGGAAUUUGCUGGAAAAACUGGACGGUCAGGUGGAAACGGCAGCUGACGAAGUCCCAGCAACUACGGCCAUUUUGGCGCAGCGAUUUCUCGGAAAUCGAGAGGCCUACUCCUCGAGAUGAUUCUUAUUAUUCGGAAGACGACGAAUGGCCAAGCGAAGAAGAGCUGAAAGAUGAUGGGGGUGGAGGCGAAGAGGAAGCCGCUCCGUCACAAAGUUUCGACAGCUACAGCAAGGCCUUUUUGGAGGAAGAGAAGAUGACGGCGCAGUAUAAUAAAACUGAGGCAGAUGCUUCUCUAGCGGGCGCAAGAGGAAGUGAACCUGCCCAGAAAUACGAUACACCUGACGAGCUCAACGGACUUCAAAAUUUUUCUAAGAAAGGCAAGCUGUCACCUGACUCUUUUAGCGACGUUUCACAUCCAUCGAGUUCAGAAUAUAUAAAUGCUCCCGUAGUGCAAGAGAGAAGUGAAAGUAUCCAGACGGAGGUAAUGGAGCCGUUACCCCACAUCACGGUCACGGCGUCAGCUCCCCAGCCAUUCUGUAAUGAAUCGAUUCAGCAAACACGGGCGACGGAUUUUAGAGAUUCUGAAGCCGAUGACGCAUUUUUAGCUGACUCGCCAGCGCAAGAAGCGUUGGCUACAUCCUCCCAAAGCCAAAAUGCAUCGCAAAGCAAGGUUUCGGACCACUCUGAACCUAACGGAAAGAAUUUAGCGCUACCACCACCGCGAUCCAACAAUACUUCGAGCAAGAGAAUGCUGGCCGAGCUUCAGCGUACUCAGAAGCUAACUGUGACGCUACAGGCACAAUUGGAUGCCGCGAAUGUGGAAAUUGAAGCGCAGCACAAAGAGUUGCAAAACGCCGCUAAAACCUUGCAGGCCGACCGGGAGCGCGCCGAUGAAGAGCGGGAAGACUUACUCGAUGAACACGAAGAUGAAAUUACGCGCCUGAAGCAGUCCUACGAUCAACAGUUGGAAAUUCAAAAAAAGACAUGCGACGCCGAGCUAUUGCAAGUGACUGCUCGUUUGCAACACGAACAAGAUUUACGGGUUCGCGAGGGAGGUGAUUGGACUAAAGAGCUAGAAGAGGCUUUGCAGCGAGAGCGUGAUGGAUUGCAACGCUUGAACUCAAUUCAAAUGGAAAAAAGCAUGUUCGAUGCAAAAGUCUCAAAGCUUGAAACCCAACAUGAUGCUCUGCAAAAGCGAGUGGUUUUUUUGAACGAAUCGGCAGAGGCGGCUGCAGUCGCGGCACGCCAAGCUGAAGAGAAGUUGGAUGAAGCCGUCUCAUCUCACAAGCGCCAGCUAGCUCAACGUCAAGCGAGAGAAGCCGAGCUGGAGCGAACUGUAGCUGAGCUGGGAUCUGUACUGACUCGUGCACGACAAGCACCGGGACACAACAAUGCACCGAGUUCGUCCUCUGACGCACCAAAAGGUGAAUACUCUAGAGACGAACGUUUUAUUUUGGUAAAGGAGGAAUUAGAAACUGUGCAGACCCAACUUGUGUUGGAGCGCCAACGUACGCAGGCUCUCCAAGACGAGAUAGAAGAGAUUGCAAAAGAACGAACCUCAGAAUUACGUUUUUCGAAGGAGCAAAAUCGCGCAUACGAUCAACAAAUCGAGGAGCUUCGUGCACAGGUAGCGCACUUGGAAUCACAAAUUCGAACUUCCAAUCAAGGAACCAACCAGAACUUUAAUCUCGAAGAUUCUGAUGACGCCUUUGUAGCUAGCUUACAGCGCGAGUUAUCGAACGCGAAGCAGAACAUAGCUUCCGUCUCCGACCAGCUCGUCCAUCAGCAGUUUUUGUCAGAACAAGCAAAAUCGGAGGUUUUAGCUUUGAGGGGACGGCUACAAUCGGCAACGAUGCGGGCUGACGAGGCGGAACGCUCUCUUACCCGAGUAGACACGGAUCUUGACGGCGACUCUCGUCUUUAUGAAAUUGAAGCAGGAGGUUACUACGCUGGGUCCAAAGCAAGACGACGGAUAAAACGCGAUGCAGGCUUCAGGAAUACCACUUAUGGAAGUCGAUAUCGAAUUCUCUCUACGCGAUCAGUUAGUGCAGCCCUCGGGCUUAGAGGAACUGGGAAUCAGCAGAUUCAUCAGAUCGCUAUGACACUGGACGCACUCGAUUCUUGGAUGCUCGAAACAACUGAUAUUUUGAGACACGAGCCAUUGGUACGAAUUGGAUUAGUUACAUACUUUCUUGUGGUACAUAUGUGGUGCUUUGGACUCGUGUUUUUCCACACAAUGGCUUCCGAACAUGGGGAUUUGGGCGCGUUGAAAGGACGAGGCGCCCUCAUUCAACCGACACCUUUGCAACAUCACAUCCCGUAGUUUGCUUCACACUUUUAAUUUGACUGCAAAUUUUCA